AAUGUAACGCCAGAAUACCUUGUGACGCUUAUGUUGUUCCUUGAAACAAGCAAACAUGUCUGCCUCCAUGGUGAGGGCAACCGUCCGAGCGGUCAGCAAAAGAAGAAUACUGCCGACUAGAGCAGCGUUAACACUGACUCCUGCUGCUGUGAACCAAGUCAGGAUGUUGCUACAAGACAAGCCUGAAUACAUUGGCCUGAAGGUAGGCGUGAGGACCCGUGGCUGUAACGGACUGACCUACACACUGGACUACACGAAGGAGAAGAACCAGGCCGAUGAGGAGGUGCUGCAGGACGGCGUGCGGGUGUUCAUCGAGAAGAAGGCCCAGCUCACCCUGCUGGGCACCGAGAUGGACUUCGUGGACUCCAAGCUUUCUACUGAGUUCGUGUUCAACAACCCCAACAUCAAGGGGACGUGUGGCUGCGGGGAGAGCUUCAGCAUCUGAGGGCGCCGCAGAACAAAGCUGUGAAACCCUAUCCCAGCGUGUCGACCCAGAGGACCGCAGCUGGUGUAAACGUGGGGAUCGGACACACAAAGAGUUCUCUACGACUCUUGACUACAUAGUAUUUUUCUUCUGCCGUUCCCACAGACCUCUAUAGUGUCAUGCACUCCCACAAACAUGUACGGCUUAUAUCGUCACACGUUUUUUGAGCUAUGUUUAAAUAUCAAAUUCUGUCUGCUGCCCUUUUUUUGUUGAAAGGGAAGCAAACGGGCUGCAAAGGCGCACAGUGUUUUGGAAGUGCUAGGAGCAUCGAGAUUACAUUCUUUCCAUUAUUAUUGCGGUGUAGUGAUAGAAGUGGCUAUGGCUUUUCAGUCGUAUCACACCUGUGUUUGCAGCCAUUAGGAUCAGGUCUAUGUGCUUAACCCUGCUCUGUAGCUUGUCCAAACGGAAGUGGGCUGGGACAAAACGUGCUGUGAUCAACGUCUUACUAUGAGCAUCUUUCGGUUUAUAUUUCAACCGGUCCACCAAAGCCGAAAGGGGAGAAUAGCAAGCUGAGCGAUGUCAAACUGCCCGCAAGGGACUGAAAUGUGGCCAUGCUCUUACAUUAUUAUGUAGGAGCGAAAAAGUUCCUGUGUCUUGAGAGUGAUUUUGUUAUAAGUUAUUUGUUUUGAAAGUAAAGGGUUUAUAUUUAAGUACGAGCAUAUAUGAAGAUUGUAAAUUUCCAUGAAUACCGCUACACAACGCACAAUAUGUUAUAUAUAUCCCUCACAGGAAUAUAUGCGGUUUAGAUUGUUGCUUUUUGCUUCAGAUAACUUGAACUUGAUUUUUAUAGACACCAUGCAUCGUUACUGCUACCGAUGCUUUAGAUUUAUGAUCAGAUUGAGAUGUACAAGUGAUAUAAAUCUCUGCAAUAAAUUGAAAUGAGUUAAGCUUU